AUGUCCUCUGCAAUUGACAAUCUCUUUGGUAACAUUGAUGAGAAAAAAAUAGAAUCUUCAGUAGAUAAGCUAUUUAGUUCAUCCUGUGGACCUAUUAAUAAAUUGGAAGUCAAAAGCAAAACACGUACUGUCCUUCCUGAUUCGAAGAAAAGGGAAAGAGCUGCCGAAGCUGAUCAAGAAGAAAAAGAAGCAAGCAAACCUGAUGUUUCAGAUGAGCAAACUGAAGAAGUUGCCCUUCCAAAAGUAAAGAAGGCCAAAAAAAGUAAAAGGAAUGACGAGGAUGAAGACUUAGAAGCCCGCUAUUAUGCGAAACUACUAAAUGAAGAAGCUGAGGCUGAGGAUGAUAAACCAACAGUAACGAAAACUGAUGAAACUUCAGUACCACUGACAUCAGCAGCUAAGAAAGUUGAUUUCAAAGAAGACGAGUUAGAAAAGGCAGAAAGAACUGUUUUCAUUGGUAACAUCUUAAGUACUGUCAUCACAUCUAAAAAGGUUUAUAAAGAAUUCAAAAAACUUUUUGGUACAAAUCCGAUAGCAGAAACUGAGGAAUCUGGUAAUGAAAAAGAAGAGGAAAGUUCUAAGAAAAGUGACAAUAACGAAUUUGCCAUUGAAAGCAUAAGAUUCAGAUCUAUUUCCUUUGAUGAAGCUCUUCCUAGAAAAGUUGCGUUUGUCCAACAAAAAUUUCAUAAGUCAAGGGAUACAAUAAACGCUUACAUCGUCUAUAAGAAUAAGUCUGCUGUAAGAAAAAUCUGCUCGAAUUUGAAUGCUGUCGUUUUCCAAGAUCAUCACUUAAGAGUUGAUUCAGUUGCUCAUCCAGCUCCGCAUGAUAAGAAGCGUUCAAUCUUUGUAGGUAACUUGGAUUUUGAAGAAAUAGAAGAAAGUCUUUGGAAACAUUUUGAACCAUGUGGCGAUAUUGAAUAUGUCCGUAUUAUCAGAGAUUCAAAGACAAAUAUGGGUAAGGGAUUUGCUUAUGUUCAAUUUAAAGAUUUACAAAGUGUAAACAAAGCACUUUUAUUGAACGAAAAGCCUAUGAAGUCACAAAAACAAGAAGACGAAAAUACAAAGAAACCAACUAAAAAGGCAAGAAAAUUGCGUGUUUCCAGAUGUAAGAACAUGAAGAAGGGUACUACUAUUGGGACCGGCUUGGAUAGAAAUGGGUUGACAGAUUCACAAAGAACCAGAGCAGGUAGAGCUAAAAAGAUUUUAGGUAAGGCUGAUAGAGCCACUUUGGGCCAAGAGAUAACUAUCGAAGGUUUAAGAGCAAAGAAAGGCGAAGGUUCCACCCAUCUAAAAAAGAAGAAACAAAGAUCCGCUACAGGUAGGGUUACCAAAAGAUCGAUAGCAUUCAAGAAAGCUCAAGCUGAAAAGAGCAAGAAAUAG